GAUUUGGAUCGUGACGUCACGCUCUUCUUAAUAUUUCAUGGCGCCUGUGGCCCUGAGCUACACCGACCGUUGAUCAUUUUAUUCAAAGGAUUUAGUUACUCCAGACGACAGCUCUGCCUGUAUAUUAUGUGUCAUUUGUUAAGUCAACAUAAAGUAGUUGUUUUUAUUAUAUUUAUAUAUUUUUAACGUUUUAUUUGUGUUAGUGCAAUUUAUAUUAAAUGUGUUUUAUUUAAAAUGAAUGAAUGUCAGUGUGCUGAAAAAAUUGAUAAACGCAUUGACACUGAGCACCACCAGAAGGAAGUGAAUACGUCUUCUCCUCCGAUUUCGAAUACCAAAGUGGAAAAAGUUUUCAUAGAAAAUAAUCGUGUGAGGAAACGGUCGUGGUUUACAACAAUCAAGUUAGACUCUAUUCACUACUUAACUCUUGGUGUUAUAGGAAUUUUAACUUGGGGUCUAUUAUGGUGUGCGUUCGACGACGAUUGGGGCUGGGACGGCAAGUGGUUCCGGCUAGGCGCUGUGGCGACGGUGGCGUGGGCGAGCGGCCUGGUGCUGCAGGAGCUCACCACGCUACCACCGCUCCUCGCCGCGCUCCUCACCGGCAUCUUCGCCCGACACUUCGGCUUUCUCGACAUGCGACAUUAUUCUCACAUUGACGCAUUUUUACGAAAAAUAUAUCCAGUAAUAAUUCUGGGCAAGGGAUCUUUAGCUUGGGACAUGGAUUACAUGAAAAACAACUGGAAGCAAGUUGUCUCUCUGGGCACUCUGCCGUGGUCGGCUGAGGUAGUUGUCAUGGCGUUGUGUUCUCACUACUUCUUAGGAUUUCCUUGGUUAUGGGGAUUCCUGCUGGGAUCAGUGUAUGCGUCAGUAUCUUGUCCGGUGAUAAUGCCACUGAUACAGCGGCAUGGUACCAAGCCGGACAGGAGUCAGAACUGGCCCCAGCUAGUCUGCACAGCCGGAGGCACUGAUACUGCCCUUAGCGUCGGAGUCUUCGGACUCAUAUUCAGCUUUAUGUUCUCUAACGCCAGUGACCUCUAUCGAUAUAUCAAGGCGGGGCUGGCGCUGUUGGCGGGUGCGGCUCUCGGCGGCGGCUGGGGCGCGCUGGCGCGGCUCCUGCCUCACGCCCGGGACGCAUACGUCACAGAGCUAAGGAUACUGUUCGUGCUCGUCGGCGGAUUGUUCGCUAACUUUUUUACGGCCGCACUAGGCUGGGGAGGCACGGGCGGCAUCGCAGUUCUGGCGUGCAACGCGACAGCUGCACGGCAAUGGGCGCGGAAGGGAUGGAAAUUGAAUCACAACCCGGCAGCCACGGCGUACCGAGUUCUCUGGUCUGCUUGCGAACCUGUUCUCUUCGCCUACACUGGUACAUUUUUUGUGAUACACAGUUCGGUGACGGACACAAUGUUACUGGGACUCGGAAUUCUUCUCAUAACACUUACGACGCGAUUGCUCAUCGCUGCUCUUGUAUGUUGGAACCUUUCCAUAAAGGAGAAACUUUUUAUAUGCUGUGCCUGGAUACCUAAAUCUAUUGUCGAGGCAGUUCUUUGUCCAUUAGCCAUCGAUACGUUGAUAAUGAAAGACUCGGACGACGACCACCAAAUGAAGUACGCCGAAGAUUUGAUGAGGCUAGUUGUUCAGGCUAUACUGAUCACGACUCCGAUCGGCUAUCUACUCACGAAUCAUUUGGGACCAGUAUUAUUAAAAUCAAAAUCAAAAACCGAUAAAGACUUGGAAUCUCACAAGCGAACAUCAAGAGACACAUCUAUUAUCGAAGAUAUUAAAUUAUAACUUAAGUAAACAAAUCUAUUUAAAUAAAUUUAUAGAAACAAACUCUAGGGACCAAAGAUAUACGUA